AAUGAAGAUGCUGAAUAUUGGGAGCAUAUAAAAGACAAACAAACAGCAGGGUAUAUAGAUACAAGGCAGCAGCGAAAUUAGUAAUUGUAUUGGGGAUCCACAUCUAUAACUUGUUGCGAAUCACUCUUGCAAGGUAUGGGAAGCUUGGGGGCGAUUCUGAAGCAUCCAGAUGAUUUUUAUCCGCUGUUGAAGCUUAAAUAUGCGGCCAAGCACGCCGAGAAACAGAUCCCGCCUCAGCCGCACUGGGCGUUCUGUUACUCCAUGCUUCAUAAGGUUUCCAGAAGCUUCGGUCUCGUUAUUCAACAGCUCGGCCCUCAGCUUCGUGACGCUGUGUGCAUUUUUUACUUGGUACUUCGAGCUCUUGACACUGUCGAGGAUGACACGAGCAUAUCCACAGAGGUUAAAGUGCCAAUCCUGAUAGAUUUUCAUCGCCAUGUAUAUGAUAAUGAUUGGCAUUUUUCUUGUGGUACGAAGGAAUACAAAGUUCUCAUGGACGAGUUCCAUCAUGUUUCUAAUGCGUUUCUGGAGCUAGCAAAAGGUUACCAGGAGGCAAUAGAAGAUAUCACCAUGCGAAUGGGUGCAGGAAUGGCAAAAUUCAUAUGUAAGGAGGUAGAAUCAAUCGAUGAUUAUGAUGAAUAUUGUCAUUAUGUAGCCGGACUUGUUGGAUUAGGGUUGUCAAAGCUAUUCCAUGCUUCAGGGGCAGAAGAUCUGGCUACAGAUGCUUUAUCCAAUUCAAUGGGUUUAUUUCUCCAGAAGACAAACAUUAUUCGAGAUUAUUUGGAGGACAUUAAUGAAAUACCAAAGUCACGCAUGUUUUGGCCUCGCGAGAUCUGGAGUAAAUAUGUUGAUAAACUCGAGGAAUUAAAAGAUGAGAAGAACUCAAUAGUGGCGGUGCGGUGCCUAAAUGAAAUGGUCGCAAAUGCUCUGAUACACGCAGAAGACUGUCUAAAGUACAUGUCUGAUUUGCGAGAUCCUGCCAUCUUCCGGUUCUGUGCAAUUCCACAGAUUAUGGCAAUUGGAACACUUUCUUUAUGUUACAACAACAUUCAAGUCUUCAGAGGGGUGGUGAAAAUGAGACGUGGUCUCACUGCCAAAGUUAUUGACCGAACAAAAACAAUGUCCGAUGUAUAUGGUGCCUUCUUUGAUUUUUCAUGUUUGCUGAAGUCUAAGGUUGACAAUGAUGAUCCAAAUGCUACAAUAACUUUGAGUAGGCUAGAAGCAAUUCAGAAAACAUGCAAGGAUUCAGGAGCCUUGACCAAAAGCAGAAAAUCUUACAUUAUUGAGAGUGAAUCAGGAUACAACUCUGUGUUGAUUGCAAUCAUCAUCAUCAUACUUGCUGUCCUUUAUGCAUAUCUAUCUUCAAACCUCUCGAAAAACGCAUGAUCUGCAUCUUUCAGGAAUCCAGUUUUUGACAAAGCACAGUACAUUUUUAUACUGAAUUUCACUGAUAAUGUUGUACUCUUGACAUCUGUAACUAUUUUAGUUAAAGAUGUAUAAUACUGUACCUUGAAUUCUACAGUGCGUAUCAUUUCAACAAAAAUAUUGAAUUAAUUGGUUAUUUUUUAAUGGAAUGCUAUUUUAUA